CCAUAUACAUGAUAAUGCCUCAAGUAUUGCCCCGCCCUCCCAAUCAUGUGAUUCAGGUGUUCCAAUCCCCUCUAACUCAUGUGAUUCAGGUGUUCCAAUCCCCUCCAUAUCAUGUGAUUCAGGUGUUCCAAUCCCCUCCAACUCAUGUGAUUCAGGUGUUCCAAUCCCCUCCCAAUCAUGUGAUUCAGGUGUUCCAAUCCUCUCCACAUCAUGUGAUUCAGGUGUUCCAAUCCCCUCCAAAUCAUGUGAUUCAGGUGUUCCAAUCCCCCUCCACAUCAUGUGAUUCAGGUGUUCCAAUCCCCUCCCAAUCAUGAGAUUCAGGUGUUCCAAUCCCCUCCCAAUCAUGAGAUUCAGGUGUUCCAAUCCCCUCCAUAUCAUGUGAUUCAGGUGUUCCAAUCCCCUCCAAAUCAUGUGAUUCAGGUGUUCCAAUCCCCUCCAAAUCAUUGGAUUCAGGUGUUCCAAUCCCCUCCAAAUCAUGGAUUCAGGUGUUCCAAUCCCCUCCCAAUCAUGUGAUUCAGGUGUUCCAAUCCCCUCCAUAUCAUGUGAUUCAGGUGUUCCAAUCCAUUCCCAACCAUGUGAUUCAGGUGUUCCAAUCCCCUCCCAAUCAUGUGAUUCAGGUGUUCCAAUCCCCUCCAUAUCAUGUGAUUCAGGUGUUCCAAUCCCCUCCAUAUCAUGUGAUUCAGGUGUUCCAAUCCCCUCCAUGGACACAGGUGUAUACAAUCAAGCCCCUAGGCAUG